UGUUGGUUUACUGGGACGGUGCGGUGCAUAAACUGAUUGAAACCAGCAUCAUCGUAUCGACGAAAGGCAUUCUGCUGCGUUCGCUCCUUUUUUCCUAUCUCCCGGGUAACGACGGUGAUACCGAAAGGAACCACUUUUUGUAGGUUCCAAAAGUUAGUGACAACACCGCAAGGAAAGUAUUAUUAGUAUCCGGAUCAGCACCGGCAUCGUCGUCGCAAAAACCGAUUUCGCACAGUAGUAAGCUAGCAAACAUGGCAGAACCAAGCAAGGACGAACUUCGCAAGGAAAUUGCUGUCAUCCUCAAGGAUGCCAACCUGGAGGAAACGGCCGCCAAAAAGGUGCGCCUGCAGUUGGAGGAAAACCUGAAGUGCGAUCUGUCCGGUCGCAAGAAGGAAGUCGACGAUCUGGUGAUGGAGUACGUUAACGCCCAGGACGAGUCCGGCGAGGAGGACGAGGAAGACGACGAAGAGGACGAGGAGGUCGAAACGAAGAAGGCAGCAGCGAAGAAGAAGGCAGCAGCUGGUGGUAAAAAGAAGAAAGCGAACAGCGAAGAUGACGAAGACGAUGAGAACAACGACGACGACGAUGAGGAAGGCGAUGACGACGGAUCGGAUGAUGGUGGUGCAAAAAAUAAACGAGGUGGCCCGGGGAAGCGUGGGGCUCCGGCGAAGAAAAGGAAGCACGGGUCGGAUAGUGAGGAAGAUUCUGACGGAUCCGUAGAAUCGGAGGACGAUUACAAACCGAAAAAAGGACCGAAGGGCAGUGCUAAGAAGGCGCGUGGCAAAAAGAAGGGCGGUUCGGAUUCUGACUCGGAUGGAGAUUGGAAAAAGGCGAAGCCCAAGAACAAGAAACUCACGGCCGCUGGUACCAAAAGGAAGAGCACCGGUUUCACACGUCCGUACACACUUUCGCCGGAACUGGCUGCCAUCUGUGGGGCUGAGUCUCUACCACGGCAUGAAGUCGUCAAGAAGGUGUGGGCCAUCAUCAAGGAACGCAAUCUGUACGACCCGAAGAACAAACAGUUUGCCAUUUGCGACUCGGAACUUCAGAAAGUCAUCGGCGUCAAACGGUUCCGCACGUUCGGCAUGCUCAAGUAUUUGAAACCGCAUUUUCUGGAUUAAACUUUCCGAUGGGUGGCGAACAGAGAAGUGAAACUUUAUGUACGUACCAUUCUCAGCAUAGUUGUCUAUUCACUUACUGUUGCUAAUAAGCAUGGGGGGAACCCUUUCCACCUCCCUCAACUAAUAUUCCGAACGGACAAAAGUGUGUUAAACAAAAUACAAAUUCCUUAGCUUUCGUUGUUGUAUGUUUGAUCAAACAUAUGAGAGCGAAGGUGCAAUUGCAUAAAACACAACAACACAAUCGAAAGAAACUCGCGAGUGCCGGUACUCCUCUCCGGCAAAGUCACUACAAAUCACUAACUAGUUGUGAAGAUUAGAACGAGUAAGUUUAUCAAACUAAAAAAACUAUGUAAUUUUAAAACUUACUGACCAGACAGGCAAUUAGCGUCCACCCUCCGGUGGGCACCCGUAUAUCUAUCUAGAAAGCUACUCAACUUAUAUAUAUUACAACGUAUUUUUUUUUAUUAAUUUUAUUCGACCAUUGAAUUGGUCGGAAUGCGAAUCGGAGACAGUGGAGUAGAAAUACUGAUUCUUUUAAGUACGGUAGGACUCAGAGAGGUGAAACACGAAAGUGAGUUUGAUUGUGGUAAGAACCAUAUAAAACAAAAAAAAACGUAAAUAAGUUUCUAUGAAUAAAAAGAAAACUACUAAAGUUUGAAAA